GGGCGGGGCCAGGCCGCUCUGCUUGUGCUCCCUCCCCGCACAGAGGCCCCGGAGCUCCCGAGUGACAAUGAAGCAGCAGCAGCARCAACAGCAGCCGCUACAGCCGCCGCCGCCCCCGCAGCCUUCGCAGCAGCCGUCGCCUCCCUUCGCYAGCCCGGGGGUGCCGGCCUUCCUCAGCAAGCUGUGGGCUCUGCUGGGCGAGACCCCCAGCAAUCAGCUCAUCACCUGGAGCCAGAAUGGCAAGAGUUUCUUGGUGCUGGAUGAACAGAGAUUUGCAAAAGAGAUUCUUCCCAAGUACUUCAAGCAUAACAACAUGGCGAGCUUUGUCAGACAGUUAAACAUGUAUGGCUUCCGUAAAGUUGUCCAUGUUGAUUCUGGGAUUGUCAAACUGGAGCGAGAUGGUCCAGUAGAGUUUCGGCAUGCAUAUUUUAGGCAGGGCCGAGAGGACUUGUUGGAACACAUUAAAAGGAAGGUUUCUUCUUCGAGACCUGAAGAAAACAAAAUACGUCAGGAAGAUCUCUCUAAAAUAAUAUGCAGUGCUGAAAAGGUGCAAAUUAAACAAACGACAAUUGAAUCUCAGUUGUCUCUUUUGAAGMGAGAGAAUGAGUCCCUUUGGAGGGAAGUGUCAGAACUGAGAGCAAAACACUUGCAACAGCAGCAAGUUAUUCGAAAGAUUGUACAAUUCAUUGUUACCUUGGUGCAGAAUAACCAACUAGUGAGCCUAAAACGCAAGAGGCCUCUACUUCUGAACACUAAUGGACCUGCAAAGUCGAAUGUAUUUCAGAAAAUUGUCAAAGAGCCAGCUGAAAGUAGCCACCAUGUACCUCUCAACAGAAAUGAGGGCUUAAAACAAAGGGAACAGAUUUCAGAUGACAUUGUUAUUUAUGAUGUCACUGAGGAUGUGGGUGAGGAAGAACACCCUAUGGCUGAUGAAGAAAAUCUUCCCAUUACACCAGAAACAAGUGAAGAUACUACUUCAGAUUCUUCCAACUGUAGCUGUAGCUACCACUCUCCCGAUAUUGUAAUUGUGGAAGAUGAUAAUGAAGAUGAAUAUGCCCCUGUAAUUCAAGGGGAUAAAAGCACUGAAUCAGUUGCUGUCCCAGGUAAUGAUCCAGUCAGCCCUGUCGGUGACAGCACAAUCCCACUCAUGUCAAGUGCUGUACAGCUGAAUAACCAGUCAACUUUAACUGCAGAAGAUCCAGUCUCUGUGAUGGAUUCCAUACUCAAUGAAAAUGGAGUAAUUUCACAGAAUAUAAAUCUUCUUGGAAAAGUUGAACUUCUGGAUUAUCUGGACAGUAUCGAUUGCAGUUUAGAGGACUUCCAGGCUAUGUUAUCAGGACGACAGUUCAGCAUAGAUCCAGAUCUUCUGGUUGAUCUUUUUACAAGCUCGGUGCAGAUGAAUCCCUCAGAUCAUGAUCAUAUCACUAAUACCAAAAUGGAGACAAAGGGAAAAGAAACCAACAAGAAUAAUGCUGGUCCAGCGGCUUCACAGGAAAUGCAAGAAAGGCACAUGAUGGGCAUUUUUAUCCCAGUAGAUAAGCAGCUGAUACACUACACUGCGUUUCCACUGCUCGCAUUCCUUGAUGGGAACCCAGGCUCUGCUGUUGAGAGUGGGAGCUUCACAGCUGAAACUCCUUCCACUGUUGACAAGUCUCUGGAAGGGGAUGAGCUGCUGGAGAGCAGCCUGGAUCCUGAGCCCACCCAGAGCAAACUGGUGCGUCUGGAGCCGCUGACGGAGGCAGAGGCAAGUGAAGCCACACUGUUCUACCUGUGUGAACUUGCCCCAGCACCCAUGGACACGGAUAUGUCCUUCUUGGAUAACUGAUGUGAGGGAGACUGUAUAUAGUCAUGAAGAUGAACUAUUUAUUUAGAACAUUGUUUGGUAUGAGAGUUUUUGUAAAUCACUGUUUUAUGUAACCAGAUAUGUGGAAUCUGAAGUACCUUUCCUAUCUUAUACAAGCAGUUGUUUAGCUACAGAGUUAGACAAGCCACCAGGCACAGCUGGCACUGCUGAGCCAGGCUGCUGCUGCACUGCUGUGAACACUUGGUGUUGCACACAUCGCUUGUACCGCGGGCAACCCAACACUUGUCAGUAGUGAGCUUUGGUUUAUGGUUUCUUAUACUGUCUUACAUAUGAUGACAUAAAUUAGUAGUGUAUGGUUAGGGAGCACUGACUUUCUGUAUUUUGGGGGUUUUAUUUUUUACAUUUUGUUUAACACAUAUGAGGCUUUAUUGGGGUGGGGGGACCAGGACCUGAUGUAGGCUUUUUUUUUCCCUGCUUCRGCUGGGAACAAAGUGCCUGUACCUUGCUAAUUCUUGGUUCUGCCUUACUUUCACUUCAGUGGAAGUGCUCACACAGCACAAACUGGGGAAAAGUUUUUGACAGCUGCCAGGCCCCAUGACUGCAUGAGUACUUUUAACUUGGACCAUCUAUGCUGACAAAAUAAAUGUUACUUAAGUGUGAUAAA